CAGGAAUUCGGGAUUGGAAAGAUAUUAAAUAGGCAAACUGUUUUCCUUAAUAAUGAAGCAAAUUUCCGAAUUCCAUUUCUAUAAAACUGAUCACACAGUGCGAUUAUUUACGUUGUAUGAAAGAUUCAAUUGCGUAUGGUUAAUUAGCCUCUAAAAUGUUUGGUUUGUUUAUUGUUAUGGCAGAUUCAACAUGGCUACUUCAGGAUAUGUGACUUAUUUACUUUUUAUUUUUACUUUUACGUUGUGUACAGGUGAUUUAAGGGGGAUGCUGCAAGAGAGUGAUGAUCCUCUAGAUCCACCAGAACCUCCUGAGCCUCCAGGGAGUGAAACAGAUCAAGAACAUUUAAGACUACUAAAUGCUCAAACAAACCUUAUUCUCUCUUCUACUAAAAAGUACAAAUGCCAUUCCUGCGAAGCACCAGAUUGUACAACAACAGCUCCAUGCACAUCAGCACUGGAAUGUUGGAAGUCCCGUGUGCGAGAUUCAAAUGGUGUGGAGCGUUUGUCUCGAGGCUGCAUCACCAAUGCAGAGCAGAUACCUCUUUACUGCAGCGUACAAUCGUAUAGCUCUCGUUCAGGGCAUACAAAGCGUCAUGCAGAUGGACAAUAUGCAAUAGAUUGCUGUACUGGAGAUUUCUGCAACAAUGGUAGCUUUCCUGAUCUACCACCGAUUGUAUACAAGGGUCAGGUGCCACCUUACCUAGACAGUACAAGUUACAUUAUGAAACUCACACUUGCAAUACUUGGUCCAGUGUUAGCUCUGGGUUUAUUGGGUGCACUGGUGUUGCUUUUGAUGCGACAUACGCACAGAAAGAGGCUGAUGUCUGCACGGAACAUGGCAGAUCCAGAGACUUAUUAUGCGUCUGAUGACCUUCUCAGAGUAACUGCAGCAGGAGACAGUACACUCAGGGAAUAUCUUGAACACUCUUUGACAUCGGGUUCUGGAUCAGGUUUGCCACUACUUAUUCAGCGCACACUUGCAAAGCAGAUCUCACUGUCAGAGUGCAUUGGCAAGGGCCGAUAUGGAGAAGUUUGGCGAGGAGUAUGGCACGGAGAAAAUGUUGCUGUAAAAAUAUUUUUUUCACGAGAUGAAGCUUCAUGGAGUAGAGAAACAGAGAUAUACAGCACUGUAUUACUACGUCAUGAAAAUAUUUUGGGCUACAUAGGAUCAGACAUGACUUCACGCAACUCCUGCACACAACUGUGGCUCAUCACGCAUCAUCAUCCGCUUGGUUCACUGUAUGAUCACCUUAAUAGAACCACUUUAACUCAUCACCAGUUUAUGAAAAUAUGCCUGUCCGCUGCUAAUGGCCUUGUUCAUCUACACACAGAGAUCUUUGGAACACAAGGUAAACCAGCAAUUGCUCAUCGUGACAUCAAGAGCAAGAACAUUUUGAUGAAACUAAAUGGAUCAUGUGUGAUUGCUGACUUUGGUUUGGCAGUGACACAUGUUCAAGCAACAGGUGAAAUGGAUGUUGGUGCAAACCCAAGAGUUGGCACAAAACGCUACAUGAGCCCUGAGGUUCUUGAUGAAACGAUCAAUACAGAGUGUUUUGAGUCUUAUCGCCGUACAGAUAUCUAUUCAUUUGGCCUAGUGCUGUGGGAAGUUUGCCGGAGAACUUUGUCUAAUGGAAUUGCUGAGGAUUACAAACCUCCAUUUUAUGAUCUUGUGCCAAAUGAUCCCAGUUUUGAGGACAUGAAGAAGGUGGUUUGCAUUGACCAGCAAAGGCCAAGUUUGCCCAACCGAUGGGCUUCCAAUGCGACACUUAGUGGGAUGGCAAAGCUUAUGAAGGAAUGUUGGCAUCAUAAUCCCAAUGUUCGCCUACCAGCUCUUCGUAUCAAGAAAACCCUGGUGAAACUUGCAUCUUCCGAUAUACAUGUGCAUCUCGAUCUUGAUAUUUGAUCAGUUCCCAACUUUUGGUUGCAUAACCAGAUAUUUUGCUACCAUUUCUUAAAUAUUAUGGUCACAUUUGUCAGUACUCCUCCAAACUGGCUUCUUAAGAAUCCUCGUCAGCCUGAAAUAUCACACCAGAACAAACUUUGUUGGAGAUGUGUGCAAGACCUCAAGCCUAGUCAUUGGGAAGUGACUGGUGGAUAUCAAAUGUUUACAUUAAAGGAGCAGAUGUUUCCAUUAAGAGUUGUGCAUGUUUGGACAAUGGAAAUUUCUGUUUAUUGCUUGUGGAUUCAAAUAGUUGGCUACCAUGAAAGCCAGUGGUUGGUCUCAGGAUUAUUUGUACAUUGUGUUAAGUGAUGUCUGUCAUAUCAAUCAGCUGAAUGUUCAGAGACCUUUUGAAGUGCAAGUGACAGAAGGCCUUGUAGUAGUGUUUUAAAAUGAAAUCUAGAUUCAGUAGUGUUGGCUACUGUGUCGAUGUUUUUUCUAUUUGUUACAUACGUUAUGUGUUUUAUCAUAGUCAAAAUAUUGAUUUAUCUGUAUGGUGUCAAGUGAAAUCCGUGGAGCAGAAUCAUUUGGAAAGUACUGAUUUCUUGGUUUUAUGUCCCAGUGUAAUGAUAAGUCAUUUAAUUUCUGUCACUCAGUUUUUGUAAUUUUUCAUUUCCCACUUUACAAAGUUUCCAUAUGUAAAUGUUAUUGCUAAUUUUAAAAAACUUACCAAGAAUUUUGAAUAGUUGCAAUAUUUUCUUCCAGUUUUGUUACUGAAUGUCCAUAAUUGUAUCUAAUGAGUCAUUGGACAAAGUAGUAGAAAAUGACUGCAAUGAAUCAGGGUUUAUGAAAACUGACUUGUGCUCCAUGAGUAUCAAAGCUCCCCUCUUCACUGCUACAAAAUGACACUGUGUACAUAAUACACAAAGAAUGUAUGUCCAAAAUCGUUUUACUUUAUUUUCAUGUCAUUUAUUCCUUCUACUAAGGUUCAUUAUGAACAAUAACAUGAGUCCUGCAGACUAACCUUAAAGAUAUAUUUCCAAGGAAGCUGAGAAUAAUACAAGUGCAUAGGAAAUUGUGGAUAAAGGAGUCAUCUUGUCUUUCAUGUAUUUCAAGCCAUGGCAGAAGAGAACUUGAAGUGGGGAAUAAGAAAGUGAAAUUAUGGUAGUAGGAAAUUAUGAUGCAAUAUUAAUGAAAGUGAACAUUAGAACACUUCACUGGAAGAAUAGAUUGUGGUUAAGAGAUGUCUGCAGUAUUUAUCUUUUCUGUUGUUAAGAUGUCCAUUGAAAAUUGCUAAGCGAUUUCGUGUAUCUGGUGUUUCUAAAGUUGGUCUAUAUUUUUGAUUCAAGAAAGAAGUUAAGGCUGUUCUUCUGGUGGUGUUUAGGACAGCAUUUUCAUAAGGCUGCUUGGUGUUCAACUUCCAAUGUAAUGGAAUAGUGAAAUCAUGAUGUUCAUUGUUAAACAUUAUUCAGUGAUAUGAAGACUUAGGUGAUUCCUUUAUACUUUUACUUUAAAAAAAUUGGAAUACUUUCUAUCCUUUUUCUGUGUUGCAAAAUUUACUGUUGGCCUUGGCAAAUGUAGUUUGACAUCGAAAACAGAGAGAAGAUGCAACUAGUUACAUGGGAAUGUUAAAUGGGAAUGCAAUAUUUUUGUUGUGUUGCGUCUGAGGUUUACUGUGUAGCAUAUAACAUUGAUUGUAGGUUACAUUAUUUAUUCAUUUUUUUAAAGUAAGUUUUGAACAACAGCAUCAUGAAUGUGUUUCAUAUGCUAUCUGGAAAAUGAAAGAUCAGUUGAAAUAACUUAGCAAUUGAAAAACAAGAAACACAUGUGCUGUAUUUUUUAUCUUUUUAAUUUGGUGGGUGUGAAGUUUUGUAACAGUCUUUUAGAAACUGGCAUUAUGUGGAACACAGUAUGAAAACCACCGUGUUCACGUGCCACAAUUGGUUUUUAGAAAUAUACAAGUUACUAGUAUAUCUCUCUGUAAUUAUGAAACCAUUUUAUUCUUGAGAAUUUCAUCCACCAAUUUCUCAGAACAUUAUGAGGAAUUUUUAGAUUCAUUAAUAUGUUCAACUUUUUCAAGUGACAUUUUAUGAAGUUUGCAGUAUUUUUGAUAAAGUUCCAAAGCAGAUGUCAGUGCCAUAUUACUUAUACUUUAAUUAAACUUAUUGCUUAUAAAUUAGCAUUUAUAAUGAGACACAUUUACCAGCUCUUAUGAUGCCAUAAUGAAAAAAGAACCCCAGAUUUUUACAGUGUCAUUUUACAAGACCAUUUGAUGGCCUGACUUGAGCAUUGCAUUGAUUUUUUUAUGUACAAAUAUGCAGACUUAGUAUACAGAGGUUAAAAAUUAAAUCAUCAACAACACUGUGACAUGUUUUAACACACUUUUGAAUAAUUAAAUUCAACAGAAAAUAGCUUUGGAAGCACUGGCCACAAGAGAUUGUGGCAAGCCUAGCAGAACCUGCCUCAUCAACUCAUUUAGUUCACUUGUAGGUGAAGGAUUAAUAAUCUUAAUUUACAAAUGAGACAGAAGAAUUUCAACAUAUUUGUUUCUUAGGUAUGUAUUUAGGGAGAUGUACAAGUAAGUGUACUGUUCUGGGUUUAUUUGUAUACCAUCUUUCUAGUCAAGUGCAGUGUCAUUUUAUUAUUUAGGUUGGUAUGAUCAGAGAAAAUGGUAACAUGCGUUUAUGAUACUGCAGUGAUUCUGUAACUAAAUAACUGUAAAAUUAGUUACGUGGAUUGUGCAGGUGAGCAUAAAAAAUUGAAAUGCUGUUAAUACUUCGGUUAUGAAUGUUUAUGAUAAUGAAUAGAUUUUUAAAAAUUGUGGUAA